AUGUCGAGUAGUACCAGCAAAGUGACCUAUCCCUUCUGGUAUGGAGGUGCUGCGAGCAUGGCGGCGUGCUUGGUUACUCAUCCAUUAGAUUUAGCCAAGGUAAGACUACAAACUGCACCUGAACGUGGUCAAUCAUUGUUCUCCAUGGCAAUAUCCAUCGUGAAGUAUGAGGGGGUCUUCAAACUAUACUCGGGGUUGACCGCUUCACUACUUAGGCAAGCUACUUACUCGACUGCUAGGUUUGGUGUUUACGAAUUUUUGAAGGAGCAGUACCAACGAAAGUACAAUGUCAUGCCAUCUACAGCUGUCUUGUUACCAAUGUCGAUGAUUUCUGGCGCAUUAGGUGGACUUGUUGGAAAUCCAUCUGACGUGGUGAAUAUUAGAAUGCAAAAUGAUUCAGCUUUGCCCCAGGAACUUAGAAGAAAUUACAAGAAUGCCUUUGAGGGGCUCUUCAGGAUUGUCAAAAGUGAGGGAAUUUGGACACUUUUUAGAGGAUUAACUCCCAAUCUUAUAAGAGGUGUUUUGAUGACAGCAUCUCAAGUGGUGACUUAUGACAUCUCAAAAAACUUUCUUGUAGAUUGUCUUUCAAUGGACUCACUGAAAAAGUCCACACAUUUUAGUGCUUCAUUGAUGGCGGGAUUAGUAGCGACUACCGUAUGUUCACCGGCAGAUGUUGUGAAGACUCGUAUAAUGAACGCCCAAGGAACAAGUUCGGGCGCCUUGAGCAUUUUAACCACGGCUGUCAAAGCAGAGGGUCCAGCGUUCAUGUUCAGAGGCUGGCUUCCAUCUUUCAUUCGUCUCGGUCCUCAUACUAUCGCAACGUUCCUUGUGCUUGAGCAACUAAGAAAGUAUAGGAUAGGCAUGGGUGCUUAA